AUGCGCGCUGGUGGGCGCGCGCGGAGGGCGUUUCCCGGCCCGGGGGCUGCUCCGCUCCGGGUUUUCCCGGCGACCUGCGUCGGCAGAGGGUCGGGAGCCCCGCGGGCGGGCCGCGCACUGCACACUUGCUCCGGCUGGGAGGCGGGGAGCGACGCGCCCCCUGAGGAAGUUCUGCUUAACUUGCCGUCUUCUCCUGGCUCCCCUGCCCCAAAACUUUCUCUUCCGGGGUCAGGCGGUUCCUCCCCCGAGCGUACCUGGCGCUCCGUGGGCGCCUGGAGCUACGGGAUUCGGUGCGGGUUUGAGGUGCUUCCCCGCCCUCGCUGCUGCUUUCUCGGCCGCUCCUGUGCUCGCCGCCCACGGCAGCCCCAGAGGUGGGAGCGGCCGCCCCGGCCCCCGCCGCGGCCGCCGGCGCUCGGGCUCCGCCUGCAGGCGCCGCCACCUGGGAGCACGUCUUCAGCGAUCGCCGCUUGUGUACACAGGCAGGGUCCCUCCCCACACCGCCAGAAGCACUGGAGUCUGAGUUUGAGACAUUCUCAUAGAUGGGGAUGCUCCCGGCCAGAAGCCCUGGAGCAGAAACGAGCUGGCAAAGGCUCCUUAGACUCUCCCGUCAUUUACAACUAUCACAGGACAGUUUCCCAGGGUGAAAUGGGGAGGAGGAUACUUCGUCAUUUCACCUCCACCAGGAGGGCUUCUUUCUUCCCUGUCGGUAAGGAGGGAUCCCACUUUCCUUUCUAUGCCAGUAUUAUCACCUUAACUGUUUCAUUCCAGUCAAUCUUUAAACUCCUGUUGCCCUACCCACUCUGCCCUCUCUUUUGUUUGUCCCGAUGUGAUUCCUACAUUCCCAUGGAAGGCUACCUAGACCUUGAACUUCCACCCCUCUUCCUUCAUUCUUGCAUUCCAGAAACAUGUAUAAAGCUCAUUUUCUGCCACCCUUUGUAGGAGACUGUGGUUCCUGACUGAGAGACUUGUGGAAAGAUCACUCACUUUGGGGAAGCCAGCUGCCAUGUUGAGCAGCCCAAUUGAGAGGUCCACAUGGUAAAGAAUUGGGGACUGCUGACAACAGCUAGCAAAGAACUGAGGUUUCUUGAUAAGAGUCAUGUAAGUGAGCCAUCUUGCAAGCCAAUUCCCCAGCCCCAGUCAAGCCUUCAAAUGACUGCAGUAACAGCUUGACUGAAACCUCAUGAUAAACCCAGACCCAGGACCACUCAGCUAAACUGCUUCCCGGUUUUGACCCUCAAAAACUGUGUGAGACAAUAAAUGUUUGUUGCUUUAAGCUGCUAA